CUCUCUUCUUCUUCUUUCUUAUUCUUUCUCUCUCAUCUUCAUCAUCUUCAUCAUCCCCUCCCUCUUUCUCACACUGAUCUGUAAGAAUAGUCAGACUCAAUCGCGAAUCAAGUCCACUUUCGACUUUACCGUUUGACCAUUAGUAUGAAUCGAAAACAGAUUAACCAAUUGUAUCAGUGAAUGUUGACCAAUUAUGGAAUUGUAACCAGAUUUUAAUCUGGAUCUUUUUUUUCCCUUCUGAGGAUUCACUGUAACUCUCUUUGCUCUCUGUCUUAAUUACAAUCAAACAACGAAAUUGUGUUUCAAUUUAAUUCUCGCCGGAUCAUAUAAGCAUCAUCACCAUCAUCAUCAUCAUCAUAACAAUCUAACAAUUAACAACAUCUCUACGAAUCAAUUUAAAGUGUUUGUGCAAUUCCAACAUCAAACAUGUUCCAACAAUUUACUCCAAGUUUCAUAUGUUUAAUAUUAACUGUUACUCUUUCUAACGGAAUAUUACUUCCUCGUCGAUUAUCACCUGAGAAUCAUGAUGAGUCCAUUUUAUCGCCGGUUUUCAGUCCACUUCAACUCGAAGAUACUUUUCACCUUGCCAAGGACAUUGUCGUUCAACGACGUAAACUCGAGGCCAAUCUUGAAAGAGACGGUUUGAUAACUGAUAUGAGUAAAGAAUCAGCUGUUACUCGUCAUCAAGCAGUUACUACAACGUUAGAACGAGGAAAUGAUUUAGAAAAGCGCCAAGAAGUUUUUGAAGAAAUGAGUAAACUUCUUGCUCGAAAUAUGUCCUAUGAUCCAAUUGUACCCGCUGCAACUGGAAUUGCAUUAGCACGUAUUGAACUAGUGGCACCCGAAACACGACAAGCAAUAGCCAAUUGUAAGGAAGAUCAACAUUUCCAUUGUGAUCCAUAUAAACCAUUCAGAAAUUCUGACGGUUCAUGUAAUAAUCUUCACAAUCCAAGCUGGGGAACACCAUUCAAUUGUUUCACUCGAUUGAUUCCUCCAUCAUAUGCCGAUGGACUAUCAGCUCCUCGUAUCUCAGUGACCGGAAGUUUACUGCCCAACCCAAGAGUUUUAUCAGCUGUACUUCAUCGGGAUCUAAACUACCCUGCAACUUACACCCACAUGACUAUGCAAUAUGGUCAAUUUUUUUCCCAUGACAUUGCCUUCACUCCAAGUUCAAGAACAAAGGAUGGUAAAAUGAUCCAAUGUUGUCCACCAUCACCAAAUAAUCACCCUCAAUGUUACCCAAUUUUGGUUCCAAAGGAGGAUCCAUUUUAUAGUGGAUACAAUGAGUAUUGUCUUAAUUUUGUCCGAACUGCAAUGUGCCCACAAUGUAAAUUAGGACCAAGAGAGCAAAUGAAUCAAAUCACCUCCUUUAUCGAUGGUUCCAUGGUCUAUGGAAGCAUGGAAAAUGAAACUCGAUCACUUUGGACUCGAUCUGGACCAGCUGGAAGAAUGCACAUCUCUGUGGAUGCUAAUGGAGGUGAAUUGUUACCUCAUUCACCUGAGCCCGAUUCUGAUCAAUGUAGUAAACCUUCAGAAAACAUGUAUUGUUUCAAAGCAGGUGACAAACGUGUGAAUCAACAUCCAGCACUUACCUCACUUCAUGUUGUCUUCCUCCGUCAACAUAAUAAAAUUGUCAAUGAAUUAAAAGCAAUCAACCCACACUGGGAUGGUGAAAGACUUUACCAGGAAGCAAGACGAAUCAAUGUCGCUCAGAUUCAGAUGAUUACCUUUGGUGAAUGGCUUCCAUUGAUUAUCGGUCCUGAUGCUAUGAAGUUCUUGAAACUUUACGUUCUCCCCUAUGGUUUUACUGAAUACGAUCCUUACACUAAUCCAAAUAUUAUCAAUGAAUUUGCUGGAGCUGCUUUUAGAUUUGGUCAUUCAUUGGUCAACAGUGUUUUCGCUGAGAUUCUUGAGAAUGGUAAACCUUCAGGUUAUCGAUUGAGGGAAAACUUUUUCACUCCAUUCGGUUUGUAUCAUGGUCAAUUGGAUGCCGUUAUUCGUGGUCUAGUUUCCCAAGCAUCACAGAAUCGUGAUCCAUUCAUCUCACAAGAUAUGAAGAAUCACUUAUACCGACCAAAGGACUCACCCUAUGGACUUGAUUUACCAGCGUUUAAUAUUCAACGAGGUCGAGAUCAUGGUAUCUCUGGUUACACUUCUUACCUUAAAUUUUGUUUCGAUGAAAAAAUUUACGAUUGGCAUCAAUUGGAUCAAUAUAUGCCCACAUCUCAACGAACUAAAUUCCAAAAUCUUUACAAAUCUGUUCAUGAUAUUGAUCUUUUCUCAGCUGGAUUAGCUGAAUAUCCCUUACCUGGUGCUGCUGUUGGACCAACAUUCACUUGUGUCAUUGGUAUUCAAAUGUACAACCUUAAAUUUGGUGAUCGUUUCUGGUUUGAACAUCGUGAUCAAGCUGGAUCAUUUUCACCAGAUCAACUUCAAGAACUUAGGAAAACAACAUUCGCUCAGAUCUUAUGUGCCAAUAGUGACAAAUUGAGUUAUAUCCAGAAAAAUGUAUUCCGAGGAGAAUCACAAAGAAAUCCAGUUGUACCAUGUAAAUCACUUCCAACUCCUGAUUUAAGGGCAUGGAGAGAGACAUUAAAUUAUCCUGGAUCUGAGGUUCCAAACAAUUAUCAUCCUUAAUUAAUUUCUAGGGAAAAACUUUUUAUUUUUUAAAUCUAAUUUUAAUUACUUUGAUUGGACAAUUAACAGAUUUAAGAUUAUAAUUGAUAUUAGCAAAUAAUCAACGACAUGGGAACACAAUUGAAGAUUAAUUUUUCAAUUAAUUCGCCGUUUUAAUUAACUUGAAAAUGUUGCGAAAUCUAAUUAGUAAAAUUAUCAUGAUUACAUCUCAUCAAUUGUAUACAAUCAAAUCAUCAGAAUCAUCAUCAUCAUCAUCAUCAUCAUCGUUAUCAUCUUAAUGAUUGUUACAAUUAACGUUUCCAUCAAUCAUGAUCCAUUGAAUUUCAGCUUGAAAGAAAUGAAAUUGAAACGAUUUAUAUCAAAAAGCAAAUUAGAUUCUAAUUACAAUCAAUUGAAUCUUUAAUUAUAUCAAUGAAUAUAUUUUUUAAUUGUGUUUUUCAAUCAAACCUAAAUUUCCCUGACAACAAUUACCCAUUAUAAUUAUUAAUUAAUUAAUAAAUAAAUGUAAAUAUAAAAAGAGAAA